GGCGGCCUGGCGGGUGGAGAGAGAGGUUUGGUUGAAACGGACUAUGGGAGGGGACGGCGAUGGCCACCCUGAUGGGGAGCCGAAGCGAAAGGAGAAGUUGGAAGGCUUCGCGUUCUGGGAGUCCAUCGGACGCCCAAAGUUCGUCCUCGCGCCUAUGGUGGACCAGUCCGAGCUGGCCUUCAGGCAAGAUGGAAGAGAUAGAACGCUCCUCGACCAAAUGUUGCCUGCCAUUUUCGCCGUUCCCCUCCCGGCUGCGUGUGUGCUGUCCCCCCAGGAUGAUGACGCGGAAGCAUGGCGUCAACCUGACGUACACGCCCAUGCUGCAUUCACGGUAGGUGAGGCGCAAGAGCGCAAGACAAGGCAGAUGGACGCACUCGAUGCACUCGACACAGGUGAUCUGAUUGAUGUAUGUGCCUUCUUGUCUGCUCUCACUUCCAGGUUGUUUGUGGAGAACCCUAAGAAAUACAAAAAGGAGAACUAUGAGAGCGACCCGGCCGACAAGCCGUGCUUCGUGCAGUUCUGCGGUGACGACCCUGAGACCCUGCUGGCGGCGGCCAAGAUGGCUGAGAAGGACUUCGACGCUGUCGACAUCAACCUCGGCUGCCCGCAGAACAUCGCCAAGAGAGGACACUACGGCGCCUUCCUCCUGGAGGAGAAUGACCUUCUCAGGUAGAUGAGCAUCCGGUGGGUGGUUGGCAUCUGGUGCUCCCGUUCGUGUCUGCCGUGAUGCAGACGCAUUGUGUCGACGCUGCACGACGGCCUGAGCUGCCCCGUGACGUGCAAGAUCCGCAAAGUCAACAGCCACAACUUCCAGGACACCCUCAACCUCGCAUACGACCUGCAGGCCGCCGGCUGCUCCGUCAUCUGCCUCCACGGGCGCACCAAGGAGGAGAAGGGCCACCACACCCGCAUCGCAGACUGGGAGGCCAUCAAGAUCCUCAAGGGCCGCAUGGACAUACCCGUGAUCGCCAACGGGGGAGUGGAGACCUACGAUGACGCCAUCAAGUGCCUGGAACAGACUGGGUGGGCAGGCACAGAACAGGCAGACGCAGAGACUCAUUCAUCGAUGUGUCUGAUGGGGUGGGGUGUGUGUGUGUGUGUGUUGUUGUUGUCAGGGUUGACGCGAUUAUGUCAGCUGAGGGUCUGUUGGAGAACCCUGCCCUCUUCUCGGGCAACACAGUGAGUGUGGAUGACCUGGCGGCCGAGUACAUCACAUUCGCCGAAAAGUGAGCGAGCUGCUGGCGUGAUGGAGACAGACACACGGCCGUCACCGACCCUCUGACUGACCGGCUACUGUCUGUCUGUGUCCCUCCCUCUGUAUGUUGCAAUAUAUAUAUGUCAGGUAUCCGCCGGUGCAGAAGGGUGCGGUCAAGAGCCACCUCUUCCGUAUGCUGCACCCCAAGCUGCAGGUCCACACCGACCUCAGAGCCAAACUCGGAAAGGUAGGUACACUCAUCGACACGGCCGUGUCUGUCUGCAUGGCCUCUCCCUCUCUCUCUCUCUCUGUGUGUGUGUGUGUGUGUGUGUGUCGUCUGAUAUCAGAGCCACUCUUUCGCCGAGUACAAGGCUGUGGCGGAUGAGAUGCGGUCGCGCACCAUGGGGCCCCACCACAGCCAAACGGGCUGGUACCGCAGAUACAGAAAGGUCAGUCCCUGAGACCACAAACACGACGCAGCCACUGCCAGACCCACCAUGACACCCACCUGUUUGUCCCCCAUUGCUUUCAGAACGAGCCACCUCGGAGCGGCAGCAGGCCAACCGACCAUUCAAGCGUCCCGGUGUCCCAUGCGGGCGCCUCAGCUGCCGAGCAGCCACAAGGGAGAGCAGAGGCGACUGAGGAGGAGGAGGGUGGUGAGGAGGAGGAGGGUGGUGAUGUGUCGACCGUUGAGAGGGAGAGCAAGCGGCGUUGUCCGGACCCCAACCCAUGCCUCGCGCAACGGGGAGAGGCAUGGGCAGCGGAGGGAGGGGAGAGGGGAGGGGAGAGUGGAGGGAAGACCUGAGAGGUGUUUGGUGAAUGUGUGUUAUAUAUGGGGGUGCAAUUGGGUAUGGAAUGGUUUUGUCGGACGGACGUGCUGUGAUUGUGAUGUGACGCAGUGAGUGCAGUGGUGGACGAGGGAGGCGUGGGAUGGAUGGAUGUGGAUAUCAGCAAUGUCAUUGCAUGUGAUGUGAUGUGAUGUGAUGUGAUGUGUGGUGCGUGUGAGUGUGGAUUGUCCUCAGGUGGACGGACGGCACUGUGAGGUGAGGGAUGCUUGCAGGUGUGUAUUUCGUGUCGUGUCGUGUCGUGUACGUCUUGUGAAGCGGUUAGACAGACCAUCGCCCUUACUUCAUCUAUCUGCAGCGCUAGCAUGCGCCGUUGAAUGAAGUAGGUCAAC